UAUACACAUAUAUUUAUACGUAUAUAAAUAUAUUUAUAAAUAUUUUUUGUGUGUUUUAUUAUUAGCAUUAUGUCUGACAAGCAAGUUAAUGUGGGGGUUAUUGGGUUUGGCAUGUCCGCCCGAGUAUUCCAUUGUCCUUUAAUCGCAUCUUCGCCUUAUUUGCACUUGGCAGCAGUAGUUGAACGUCGAAGUGAUAAAUCAAAGGAUAUUUAUCCAUGGAUAACUGUUCAUAAAAGUGCAGAAGAACUCUUUGCAAAUCCAGAUAUUGAUUUAGUUGUCAUCACGACACCAAAUGAUUCUCAUUAUCCAUUAGUACUUCAAGCUAUGCAAGCUGGAAAACAUGUUGUUGUUGAAAAGCCUUUCACAGUGACUUCAGAAGAAGCAGAAGAACUUUGUAAGGUUGCAAGGGACACAGGGUGUAUCUGUAGUAUUUAUCAAAACCGUCGUUGGGAUGGAGAUUUUUUAACAGUUCAAAAGAUUGUGAAGGGACAACAAUUAGGACGUCUUGUAGAGUAUGAAUCCCACUUUGAUCGAUUCCGUAAUUAUGUCAAGACAGGUUGGCGAGAGGAGACGGAUACGCCAGGGUCUGGCAUGUUGUAUGAUCUAGGAGCACAUCUGAUUGACCAAGCCUUACAUUUAUUUGGUAUGCCGAAAUCUGUCUUUGCCGUCUUAUGUAAUCAACGUCAACUGAGGGAUACGGACAUCAUUGAUGAUUUCACCAUCAUUCUCGGCUACGAAAAUAAUCUGAAAGCGAUUCUAAGAUCGAGUAUGUUGGCACGUCAUGAGCCUGUCUUUAGAUUUAAUUUACGUGGUAUGCAAGGCUCUUAUCGAAAGGAAUGGUUAGAUGUACAGGAGGGACAACUAAAGGCCGGCUUAGUCCCCUCUGAUGCUGAUUAUGGUAUUGAGCCCGUAGAACGUUAUGGUACGAUUAACAGUGAAUGGAAUGGUCUUCAUAUCGUGGGUAAAGUAGAUACAGAAAAGGGUGACUAUUUAGCCUUUUAUAAUAACGUGGCAGAGGCCAUCUUGAAGGGCGAUCCAGAUCUUUUAGCAGUGAAGCCUGAAGAUGGUGCUAACUGUAUACGUAUUAUUGAAUUAGCUCAUCAAAGUAAUGAUGAAGGUCGUACGAUUCUACUUUAAAAGAAAAAAAAAAGAAUAAGAAAGGGGAUAAUAAAGCGAUAAAUAUGUAUUUUAUUUCUUUUUUUUUGGUAUUUUAUAAUAAUACAAGGAAUUUACAAUCGUUGGUUGUACUGUUUCAGGAUAUUUUAAUACAAGUACUUUAAAUUUAUUUAUAGGCAUCAUCAAGGAAGAUGUAUUUUGAUUUUGAUUUUGAUUUUGUUUUUUUUUUCAAUUAGUAAUGUAUGAUGAUCCUUCGUAGUAGUGUCUAGU